AUUCUCUCUCUCUCUCUCUCUCUCUCUCUCUCUCUCUCUCUCUUCUUCUUUCUCUCUGCUUUGUCAUGGUUCGCCAAUAAAACCCUAAUUCCUAUCGUUCUCUGUUCACUCUCACUCGACAGAGAAAUUUUGAAAGAGAAAAUUAGAGGAAUCAAGGGUUGGGAUAUAUGUCCUUCAAUCAAUCAAGGUCCGAUAAGAGCGAGACCCAGUAUCGGAAAUCGGGGCGAUCCUUGAGCUCCAAUCAGCCGCGGGGCUCCUCAGGCGCUUACGGUAAGGGAAGCGGCGGGCCCGCCCCUUCACCGUCGAUUUCGUAUAAUCGCAGUUUUAAGAAGUCUAAUAACAAUGCACAAGGAGGGCAAUCUAGGGCAAGUGUGCCCACUGUAAAUUCUUCUGAUAGUAAUGCUUCUACACCUCGUGGCACCCCAAAUGGUGCCCAUAUACAGCCCCAAUUACAAGGAGCAUCUGAUGCACCGGCUACAGGCUCAGCUGCCAAGCAAACUGAGCCAUUGGCAGCUCAAAGAAGCUCCCGAGGUGUUCCGAAGGCUCCAACUUCUCAACAUGCCCCCGUGAGCUCGGACACUAGAGCAACCACUACCCCCACGAAGCCCCCAGGUGAUGCAUCUAAGGGGUAUGCUUUUCAGUUUGGCUCAUUAAGUCCCGGUUUCGUGAAUGGGAUGCAGAUUCCUGCUCGCACAAGCUCUGCUCCCCCAAAUUUGGACGAGCAGAAACGUGACCAGGCACGUCAUGAAUCUUUCAGAGCUGCGCCCACAUUUCCAAUCCCUUCUGUACCCAAGCAGCAGUUACCUAGAAAGGAUCCUAGUGCUGUCGAUCAGUCUAGUACUCCUGAGGCACACCCAGUGCCCAAGGUUAAGAAGGACGUGCAAGUUUCACCUGCACCUCCAUCCAGCCAAACUCAAAAGCCUUCUGGUCUUCCAAUGACUGGGAUUUCGAUGCCAGUUCCAUUUCACCAGUCCCCAGUUUCCAUGCCAUUUGGUGGCCCCAACCAACAGAUACAAUCUCAGGGGCUGACAGCAAAUUCGCUUCAAAUGCCUAUGCCUUUGCCUUUAUCGAUAGGAAGUGCACCUCCAGUGCAGCAGCCCGUUUUCAUCCCUAGUCUCCAACCUCACCCAAUGCAGCAUCAGGGAAUCAUCCAUCAGGGUCAGAACAUAAGUUUCACAACUCAGAUGGCUCAACUGGCCCCUCAGUUAGGCAACUUAGGUAUUGGCAUGACAUCACAAUACCCUCAGCAGCAGGGAGGAAAAUUUAGUGGUCCUCCUCGUAAAACUACUCCUGUCAAGAUUAUUAAUCCAAAGACACAUGAAGAAGUAAGAUUUGACAUGAGGCCUCAAUCCAAUGUUCCUCCUCAAUCUCAGCCUAUUCCAUCAUUUGCAACGUCUCAUCCUAUGAACUAUUAUACAGGUCCUUAUAAUGCUAAUAAUCUGUACUAUCAAACUCCUGGUUCUCUUCCUUUAACUAGCGGACAGAUGGCACCCAAUACUCAAGCACCAAGAUUUAACUAUCCCAGUAGCCAGGGUCCACAGAAUGUAACUGUUGUGAAUCCAUCAGCUCUCAAUUCUUUGGCUGUUAGUAAGUCUGGCACCCAUAUGCAUGGUAUUUUGGAAUCGCCUAACAGAGAACAGGCACGUGAUACACAGCCUUUGGUCUCAUCUGUGCCAUCUGGAACUACGCAUGUGACUGUAAAGCCAGCUACCGGAUCUGUUGGAGAGAACUUGGAGUCAUUGGCAAAUAAUUCUAGUGUAGUUGAAAAAGGUGAAUUGCCAAAGUCUUCAGGGCCAUUGGGAGAAGCGAGCUUAUCCCAUUCAUCAGCGGCAGAUGCUGAGACUUGUACAGAUCGAUCUUUACAGAAACUAAAAUCUGGUGGUGACUCAAUGGUGGUCGAGUCAUUAGUGGUGACCGAUCGAGCUGCGGGCACAGUUGCUGCUGUUUCUGUUGAAGGUCAGGUAUCCAUUUCUUUCCCCGCUUCUUCCACAGCUCCAUCUGAGUCUGUGCCAGCUACGGUGAGUGCUGAAUCCAGAAGAAAGGAAACUCUUAGUAGGUCAAACUCAAUGAAAGAUCAACAGAAGAAACCUGUAAAAAAAGGAUUUUCCCAGUCACAGCACCAGGUUGGCGGCCCAUCUAUCCCUAUGUCGACUCAGCCUUCUGAGCAGGGACUGUCUUCGGAAAGUGUUGCUUCAGAAUCUGUGGAAUCUAAUUCAGCUGUUACUCCUCAGGUGACCGACAAAGAUGUGCCAGAAGCAACUGAGGAGUCACUGUCAGCCACCAGGGUUGCCACUACUGAUACUUGCAGUGUAAAGGUCGAGAAAAGUGCAGAAAGCAGUCCAAGUAUUUCCUCUGAAAUUUCUGGUGCAGAGACUGCUCCCGACACUUUAGGCUCUGUUCUUCAUAAUGGGCUUGAUGGUUCUUCUGUUCAUGACAAACAAGUAAAACAUGACUCUGUGGUAACAGAAGAACAAGGUGGAAAUAGAUUGUCUGAAGAGCCUAAACAGGAUGCCAACAGUUCUGAGGUUUCUUCGGAACUUAACUCCUUACUGUCUGUUGAGGUUGAUAAACAACCUGGUCAGGAAUUUGUACGAGAAGAAGUGGCUACAAGCAGUGUCAUUCUACCAUUAGACACUGUAAGAGGAAUGGAUGAACCAGGGAUACACGACACAGAACAUGAGAGUGUGGGUGAUAAAGUUGUUGAAGGUUCUUAUGAGAAGUCGGCUGGUAUGAAUGCCUCUUUGAGCAGAGGUGAUAGCACGACUUAUGGUGAAGUUCCAAUUUCAAAAUCUGAAAAAUUGCAUCAGCAGUCUGCUCCUUCUCUGGCCGUCGAUGCUUCGAAACAUGAAGUUGAAAGUGUGGGGGGUGUUGGUGGUGGGGGAAGCACAGAAAACUUGGGUGGUUCUGGGGUUUCAGUUCCACCAGUUUCUAAAGAAAAACCUCAAUUUAAAGAGUACCGCUGCAAGAGGGAAGAAGAAAAGAAAAGAAUAUCUUCAGAAGCGCAAGUACCUCCUGAUGAAGCAGUUGAAGAGGAUGCUGUCGUUGAAAAAGAUGCGGGGGUUAAAGCUGAGCCAGAUGAUUGGGAAGACGCUGCUGACAUCUCUAAGCCAAAGUUGGAAGCCUCAGAUGAGGAACAGGACCAUGGUGGUGUGAUGUUUUCUGAGAAGGAUGGAAAUGGAAAUUCAGUCAAAAAGUAUUCCAGAGAUUUUCUCCUGAAAUUUGCUGAGCAGUUUACUGUUGUUCCAGAGGAAAUCACUGCUGAUGUAGCUGAGGUCUUGAUGAGUCACUUGGGUGGUUCUGGGGUUUCAGUUCCACCAGUUUCUAAAGAAAAACCUUUUCCAGAAUUGAGCAGGUCAAAGAGUACCGCUGCAAGAGGGAAGAAGAAAAGAAAAGAAUAUCUUCAGAAGGCAGAUGCUGCUGGUACAACAUCUGAUCUCUAUAUGGCAUAUAAGGGCCCUGGAGAAAAGAAGGAAACCACCGUGGCUUCUGAAGUCACUGAAAGCACUUUUAGUAAUAUAAAGGUACCUCCUGAUGAAGCAGUUGAAGAGGAUGCUGUCGUUGAAAAAGAUGCGGGGGUUAAAGCUGAGCCAGAUGAUUGGGAAGACGCUGCUGACAUCUCUAAGCCAAAGUUGGAAGCCUCAGAUGAGGAACAGGACCAUGGUGGUGUGAUGUUUUCUGAGAAGGAUGGAAAUGGAAAUUCAGUCAAAAAGUAUUCCAGAGAUUUUCUCCUGAAAUUUGCUGAGCAGUUUACUGUUGUUCCAGAGGAUUUUGAAAUCACUGCUGAUAUAGCUGAGGUCUUGAUGAGUUCUAAUGCCAAUGCGUCUCAUGUUGUUGAUCGCAAUUCAUUCCAGACUCCAGGAAGAAUUAUUGAUAGGCCAGGAGGUGGACCUCGACUCGACCGUCGUAACAGUGGAAUGAUGGAGGACGACAGAUGGAGUAAACUGCCAAGCCCGUUUGGUCCAGGACGUGCUGACCCGCGGCUGGAUUUAGCUUAUGGAGCAAGUUCUGGUUUUCGACCUGGCCAGGGAGGAAAUUUCGGUGUCUUGAGGAAUCCCCGAGCGCAAGCACCUAUGCAGUAUGUUGGAGGAAUCCUGUCUGGUCCUAUGCAGUCCUUAGGGUCUCAGGGAGGGAUGCAAAGAAAUAAUGCUGCUGAUGCUGAUAGGUGGCAGCGUGCUACUAACUUUCAGCACAAGGGUUUGAUUCCUUCUCCACAGACUCAGUUACUGAUGAUGCACAAAACUGAGAAGAGGUAUGAAGUGGGUAAAGUAGCAGAUGAGGAGGAGGCGAAGCAAAGACAGCUGAAAGGCAUAUUAAACAAGCUAACUCCACAGAACUUUGAAAAACUUUUUGAGCAAGUCAAAGCUGUUAAUAUUGACAAUGCUGGGACACUUCGUGGUGUCAUUGCACAGAUUUUUGACAAAGCUCUUACGGAGCCCACUUUCUGUGAGAUGUACGCUAACUUUUGCUAUCAUCUUUCUGGAGGGUUGCCUGAUUUUAACGAAGAGAAUGAGAAGAUCACUUUCAAGAGAUUACUUCUCAAUAAAUGCCAGGAGGAAUUUGAGAGAGGAGAAAGAGAGCAAGAGGAAGCCUACAAGGCUGAUGAGGAGGGUGAGGUAAAACAAUCUGAAGUGGAAAGAGAAGAAAAAAGAAUUAAGGCAAGAAGACGGAUGCUGGGUAAUAUCAGGCUGAUCGGGGAGCUGUACAAGAAGAAAAUGCUGACGGAGAGAAUAAUGCACGAGUGCAUAAAAAAACUGUUAGGUCAAGGUCAACAUCAAACUCCUGAUGAGGAGGAUGUUGAAGCUUUAUGCAAACUAAUGAGCACAAUAGGGGAGAUUAUAGACCAUCCAAUAGCCAAGGAGCAUAUGGAUGCAUAUUUUGAAGGGAUGAAAAAUUUGUCAAACAACAUGAAUCUAUCAUCUAGGGUUAGAUUCAUGUUGAAGGAUGCAAUUGAUCUCAGAAAGAAUAAAUGGCAGCAAAGGAGGAAAGUAGAAGGGCCAAAGAAGAUUGAGGAAGUGCACAGAGAUGCUGCUCAGGAACGGCAGGCACAAACAAGUAGGCUGAGUCGUGGUCCAAGCACGAAUGCAUCAGUGAGAAGGGGGCCUCCUAUGGAUUAUGGUCUCAGAGGUUCAGCUAUGUUAUCUUCUCCCAAUUCUCAGAUGGGUGGCUUUCGUACGUUGCCCACACAGAUUCGUGGUUUUGGAAGUCAGGAUGUUCGACAGGAAGAGAGACUGCCUUUUGAGGCCAGGACUUUGUCAGUUCCCCUAACUCAAAGAUCUGUUGGUGACGAUGCAAUUACCUUAGGGCCCCAAGGUGGUCUUGCAAGAGGAAUGUCCAUCAGAGGACCACCUUCUAUCUCACCUGCUUCACUGGUUGAUAUGUCACCUGGAAGUGGAGACCCCAGAAGAGUGACAGCAGGCUUGAAUGGUUACAGUUCUGUAUCGGACCGUGCUUACAGUCCAAGGGAGGAUCUCAUUCCAAGGUAUAUGCCAGAUAGAUUUUCAGGCCAAGCUGCUUAUGAUCAGUCGGGUCCACAAGACCGUAAUAUUAAUCAUGGUGGCAGGGACCACAGAAAUUCAGAUCAUACUUUUGAUAGGUCUGUUCCAAAUUCACCACCUGCACGUGGGCAUGCACCAACUUCCACACAAAAUACUGCUGCAGAGAAGGUAUGGCCCGAAGAACGUCUACGCGAGAAGUCAAAGACAACUAUAAAAGAAUUCUACAGUGCUAGGGAUGAGAAAGAAGUUGCUUUUUGCAUCAGAGACUUGAAUUCUCCGAGCUUCCACCCGACAAUGGUAUCUAUAUGGGUCACAGACUCUUUUGAGGGGAAGGACGUAGAAAGAGAUCUUUUGGGGAAACUUCUCGUCAAUCUUACAAAGUCUCGCGAUUCUACUUUGAGUCAAAAAGACCUCCUUAAAGGGUUUGAAUCUGUUCUGAAGACUUUUGAGGAUACUGUCACUGACGCCCCGAAAGCACCAGAGUAUCUUGGUUGUAUCUUUGCCAAAGUGAUUACAGAGGAUGUGGUUUCCUUGGGAGAGAUUGAGCGGCUAAUACGUGAAGGCGGUGAGGAACCAGGGAGUCUUUUAAGUGGGGGGCUUGCAGCUGAUGUUCUUGGAAACAUCUUGGAAGUUAUCAAAUCUGAGAAAGGGGAAAAUGUUUUAACUGAGAUUAUUAAGAGCUCUAAUUUGCGGUUGGAGACUUUCCUGCCUCCAGAUCCUCUAAAAUCCAGAAUAUUAGAGAGAUUUAUUUAGGGUAGUGGUGCUCAUUGUAAUCUUUGUUAGGGGAAAAAAGAGAGAGAGAGAGAAAAAGAAAUUCAUGCCUUGAGCUGUAGGGUACCUAUUAAUUUGCAUAAAUAUUUUUGUUGAUGGGCGAGAGGGAAUUUAUAUUAUGGGGUUAUGAUCCUUGUCCAUGUUUUAUUAUUAUUUCUUCAAAUAUCUUACUGCAAUUAUGAGAGGUUUAAAUUGACCCGUCUAAAUGUUAGGUUCUCCAUUAU